GCGGUAAAAUUGCGAUUUUCGAAUGAUUUUCGGGUGUUGCAUUCAACUGUGAAUUUGUAGAACUAAGAAAACUACAGCGCGUAAGUAGCCGUGUGAGCAAAAACAUGUUACGCAAAAAGUUAAGGCUAGAUGAUCGGCCACCGCCGAGUACUGCCGGUGAAUUUACAUUGUCGCGCUUCGCCAACACACCGAAACCCAAGCUGAUCGGACAUCCGGCGGACGUUACCGUUAAGGCACAUCCGAGCGAAGUAGUUGUUACAGCAACCGAUGGUUUUGGCACACUUCCGUUCUGGCAACAAUUGUAUCGCAUCGAACUGGAGCUUUCGGCGGACUUGCGAAAGGUUUCUCUUCCUGCCGAUGUAGCCGCCUGCUACGAUCCGAUUGCUUAUGCUGAAAAAAUUCAUUCCGCGUACUUGCACCGAUUUCUCGACGGUCCAAAGCCGGUUUUGUUCAUCGGCAUGAAUCCCGGCCCAUGGGGCAUGUGCCAAACCGGGGUUCCGUUCGGAUACAUUCCGGCCGUCCGCGAUUGGAUGGGACUAAAGGGCACUGUACUGAAACCGUCAGACGAACUUUCUGUACGCCCAGUUGAAGGACUUUCAUGCACUCGAGAAGAGCAGAGCGGAAAACGCUGGUGGGGCCUGUACGAGGAGUUGUGUGGAUCGCCGGAAAACUUCUUCAACUCAUGUUUCGUGCACAAUCUUUGCCCCUUGGCUUUCUUCCACAAAUCGGGACGGAAUAUUACACCGAGUGAAUUGAAAGGCCCAGCAAAGCGUGAAGUUCAAUCGAUCAGCGAACAGCAUCUGGUAAUCGCACUCCGAUUACUCCAACCCAAAAUUAUCAUAUCCGUCGGGCGCUACACGGAGGAUCGAGUAAAGGCUCUCAUUAAACAAAAUCAAUUUGAUCCAACCAUUCGCACACUCUGUAUGCCCCACCCAAGUCCGCGGAGCCUCAACAACACGAACUGGAACGAAAAAGCCAAACAUUGGCUAGACGAACACGGCAUUAUGCCAUAUCUCGUGCCGCGCGGCAUUUAA